AUGAACUUGUAUAGAUCCCUUUUAGGUGAACUUGAAAAUGCAGCAGAAUAUCAUAUAGAUGAUACGAAUUAUCCUUCUUUCAUCGAAGGAUUGGAACGUACUAAUCAUGUUCUUGUAUAUCCUGAUACUUUUAAUGAUGAUGGUGUAUGUUUCAUUGUUGAACCUUCUCUUAAUGACCGUCCUGAGCAGAUUCAAAAAUUGCUCAAAUCUGUUCUUACUUCUUAUGAUAAAAGACCUGAUGAUAAAAGAUCCGAUGAUAAAAGACCACCUGAUGAUAAAAGGCCUGAUGAUAAAAAACCUGAUGAUAAAAGACCUGAAGAAGAUAUUGAGAUAAAAGGUCUUGAAUAUGUGGUCAUAUUGUCACCCAGAGUUAGUUUUGAAUGGAAUGGUGUUGUCAUGGCUGUGUCAAUGGAGCAAUUUAACCUUGACCUCAAACCUCAUCAUACCAGAUUAGUGGCAGAUGGGGCAGACCGAUUACAGGCGUGUAAACAACGUUUUCGUAAAUCGGUAGAGGAUUGUUACAUUAAAAUGUUGACGGAAUCACGACCAAAUGAUCCUGAUGUUAAUCAUGAAGCAUCAAAGCUUAAAAAGACAAUUUUUAAAUUAGUUAAUAAAAUAAUUGAUAGUGUUAACACAAUACGUAAUAGGACAAGAAAUGGAGAAUGUCAAGACUUAAUUGAGAAUUGUUUCAGUUUUGCUACUGAAGUUGGACAACGCGCACUUCGUUAUAUUCAUCGUGAUGCUUGGCGUGUCCAACUGAAUGUCAAGUUGACACGAAUGUCUAUUGAUUGGGUUAGUUUCAUAUGUGAUGAUUGUGUCCCUACUGAUCGUAAAACCUUUCGAUGGGCCGUGAUCGCUUUAGAAUUUGCUAUGGCAACUAAUCGUGGUAAUAAUAUUUUGAAUCUGACCGAAUGCGAAUUUGCCAUGUUACGUAGUAAAGUCGGUAUGUGUAUGAGAUUAUUCAUUUCUCACGUAGAUAUUAUGGGAGCAAGACAAUCAUAUGAAGCUCAAGAACAACAACGUCAAGGAACUAUUGGAAGUAACGAUAUGGGACAAUCAAUUGUUCAACAAGUAAAGAAAUAUCGUGGACAAAUACAUAAUGGAGAAUGUGUUAAUGCUACGCAAGAAGGAUUGAUAGCUGCUAUACGUCAAUUAGAAUUCAAGCGUGCACAAAAAGAACAAGAACAACGACUUGUAGGCAAAGUUCUUGAAGAAGAUCAACAAAAUCGACCACUUGUUUUCUUGGCAUCAUCUAGUUCUAAUAUUUCACUUCGUUGGCAACAAGGAAAAUUUAUUGGUGGAGGUACUUUUGGAUCAGUUUACCUGGCAGUAAACUUGGAUACUGGUGAUCUUAUGGCUGUUAAGGAGAUUCGAUUUCAUGAUCCUUCUUCACUUACCAAACUUUACAAACAAGUUAAAGAUGAAAUGUCAGUUAUGGAAAUGCUUGAUCAUCCAAAUAUUGUAUCGUAUUAUGGUAUUGAGGUGCAUAGAGAUAGAGUGUACAUAUUUAUGGAAUACUGCUCAGGUGGAUCUUUAGCAUCUCAACUCGAACAUGGACGUAUUGAAAAUGAGAAAGUAGUACAAUUUUAUGCAUAUCAAAUGUUGCAAGGGUUAAUCUAUUUACAUGAACAUAACAUAGUACAUAGAGACAUAAAACCGGAUAAUAUAUUGUUAGACCAUAUGGGAACUAUUAAAUUUGUUGACUUUGGGGCCGCAAAGAUUCUCGCAAAGAAUCAAAGGACAAUGGGACGCACAACUACGGGUCCAGGAACGAAUGUCAAUAGUUUAACUGGUACACCUAUGUAUAUGGCACCGGAAGUUAUAACUGGUGGAGAAAAAGGUCGUAAAGGAUCAAUGGAUAUAUGGUCGUUAGGUUGUUGCGUUUUAGAAAUGGCGACAGGACGACGUCCAUGGUCAAAUUUAGAUAAUGAAUGGGCUGUAAUGUACCAUGUAGUAACAGGUCAUCCACCGUUACCUGAUUCUUCUCAAUUAUCAGAUUUGGGAAUUGACUUUCUUAGACAGUGUUUCACAAGAUCGCCACAAGACCGUCCUCCAGCCGAAGAAUUACUUCAACAUCCUUGGAUGGCUCUCG